AUGAAUAAUAAAAGAAUAAAAGAAGUUAUUCUUCAUGAUAAAGAAUGUCCAUUAAGUUUAAUUAUGUUUAAAGUUGUUAAAUGUCGACUAGAAUAUAUUCAAGUUGGUAAAUGUCUUCGUGCACGAGAAUCAAAUUUAGAUACAAUUCAAACAUCAUCGAUACAAGAAAUGAUCAUCAUUGAUGAUGUUGGUAUUGAUCGUGAUCAUUGCACAAUUCAUAAUCAAAAUGGUAUUGUUACAAAAACGGCGCCUAGUGAAGUAUGGUUAAA